AUGUCUUAUCAGUCUCCACUUCACAAUGGAGCUAGUAAGAGGAGUGCUUAUCUUGGAAAAGAUGGUUUACCAAAUCUGGACUCAUUAAAGAUCCAGUCCAAGGACUCAAAUGUUGAUAGAGAAUUUAAAAUUGACUCAGGAGCUCACGUUAACGGUUUAGCUACGGCACUUGCAAAUGGAAUUUCUUCUGUUGAGGGUUACGUUGGUUACUCCAACUUACCUAACCAGAUUUAUCGGAAAGCUGUUCGCAAGGGGUUUGAAUUCAACAUCCUUGUUGUUGGAGAAUCAGGCGUUGGAAAGUCCACGUUCGUGAAUUCACUGUUUCUCAGUGAAGUUUACAACACUGAUCACCCUGGCCCAUCUAAACGUCAGAGAAAAACUACUUGUGUUCAGUCACACACAGUUAUACUUAAAGAAAAUGGUGUUUAUCUAAAGCUCAAUUUGAUCGAUACUCCAGGGUUCGGCGACUGUAUAGAUAAUACUAACUGUUGGCAACCGGUUCUGGAUUAUAUUAUUUCGCGCUUCGAUGAUUACAUUUCUGGAGAGAGCCGAGUCAAUCGUCCGUGUCAGAGCAUCCCAGAUCAGCGUAUCCAUGCAUGUAUUUAUUUUAUUGCUCCGACAGGACAUUCACUGAAACCAUUGGAUCUAGAAUUCCUGUCACGCAUACAAGAUAAGGUUAACGUAAUUCCCGUGAUCGCUAAAGCUGACACAUUGACUCCAGAAGAAUGUCGUGAAUUCAAGAAAACAAUACUAAGUGACUUAGCAUCUAGAAAGAUACGCGUAUUCGAGUUUAUCGACCCACCUGAAUGCUCAGAUCGGAGCAACGAUGAGGAAUUAGUUAAACUACGACGACUACGUGAUAGGGUUCCCUUUGCUAUUGUCGGAGCUAAUACACUGAUUACUAAUAAUGCUGGAGUUCGUGUUCGAGCACGCUCUUAUCCUUGGGGUAUCGUCGAGGUUGAAAACAUGGAUCAUAAUGAUUUUGCUGCCAUACGGUAUCUUUUGUUAAGCGUUUACAUGCAGGAAUUACGUGAUGUGACUCAUAAUGUUCAUUAUGAAAAUUAUCGAAAUGCCAAACUUUCAGGCAUUGCUUUGGAGAGCCACUUUCAAACACGUGAUGGUAAAGAUCCAAUGGCUCUCAUGGAAGCUGAGAAAAAAGAACAUGAAGCCAAAAUGCGUAAAAUGGAAGCAGAAAUGGAAGCUGUAUUCGACCAGAAAGUUGAAGAAAAAAAUCAGAAACUUCGUGAACUAGAAUCUGAUUUAAUGCGACGUGUAGAGCAAAUGAGAGAACAAUUAAAAGCCCAAGAAUUAGAACAAGAAGCUGCUCGACGUGCAUUUGAAUUAGAACGUCAAAAUUGGGAAGAAAAUUGGCGUGAAUGGGAUAUUGGUGCAGAGAUUGGGACAAAUGGUCCAACACUAGGCCUUGGUGAACGAGUUAUGAAUGAGAGACGAAUAAAAAUUGACCGGUAUUCCAUAGGUAAUCCAAUAAACUUUCGACACAUUGCACACAUGGGUAGCUCAGAAAUAUCAGAUAAUAAUGCAUGCAAUUCUUUUGGUCUCCUCGACCAACAAUCUCUACCAGUGCACUUAAAAUUGAUUGACUUACCUAAUCUUUCAAGUAACAACAACACUUCAGUAUCAUGUGGUCCUUUAACUCCGUCAAGUUUAUGUGUCAGUUCUACAGUUUCAUUUACUUUUACCACUCAAUCACCAAUGUCAACAACUAUAGCAAAGUCAACCAAAAGGAACUCGCUUUUGGAUCCUAAUUCUGUGUUACAUGAGCCUUGUAAAACAACUCACGUUGUUAUGCGCCAUUCAACUCACUUGAGCAAUCUAAAGCCAGAAUCACCUCGUCUCGAUCUCAGUUUGCCGUUGCCUCCACCACCACCUCCCCCUCCUCCUGUUAAUCCUGCUAAUCUUCGUUCUAUGUUACAGUCAUCUUAA